CCCAUAUCGAGCCUCCGAUUCCCUCCACGCUACUUCGCUUCACCGGCUCAAGCGGUCUUUUCACCGUCUUCUGUAGCGCCGCCGUUUUCCCUCCUCCCCACUGUAAUCCCACCCCGACCCAUCAUACUCUCGCCAUGGCAGCUCGAGGACCUCCUGGCGCUCGUGGCAUGAGCAACCGCUUCGCGCAGUUCAAGCUGGUACUUUUGGGUGAAUCCGCCGUAGGGAAGAGCUCGAUAGUGCUGCGGUUCGUCAAGGACCAAUUCGACUCGUACAGAGAAUCCACCAUCGGCGCCGCCUUCCUAACACAGACCAUCUCCCUGGAUGAGAACACGACGGUCAAGUUCGAGAUAUGGGAUACGGCAGGCCAGGAGCGGUACAAGUCCCUGGCGCCCAUGUACUACAGGAACGCGAACUGCGCUGUCGUCGUCUACGAUAUCACCCAAGCCACAUCCCUGGAUAAGGCCAAAUCCUGGGUCAAGGAGCUGCAGCGGCAGGCCAACGAGAACAUCAUCAUCGCCCUCGCCGGGAACAAGCUGGACCUGGUAACGGAGCAACCCGACAAGCGGGCUAUUCCCACCGCCGACGCCGAGGCCUACGCGAAGGAGGCCGGGCUGCUCUUCUUUGAGACGUCGGCCAAGACGGCCGAGAACGUGCAAGAGCUGUUUACCGCCAUCGCCAAGAAGUUGCCUCUCGACCAGGUCGGGCCCAGGCAUACCCGCCCCGGCCAGCGACCGGGCGUCAGCCUAGCCCCCGAGGGAGCAAACACGCAAGCUGGAGGACAAUGUGCUUGCUGAGCCGAGUCGCGCAAGGUAGAAUCGAGGGCUGGGGGCGGUUAUAAUCGUGAGCCAUUAUGGUGCAAGCGGGGAUUUUGCAAGCCUCCGGCUGCGGACCCGGAGUCGGAGCAGGGGCCCGAGGUGGGGCGGCGGCGGGAGAUGGCAAACCACGGUUCAUAGAGAAGGUUACGUCACUUUGGGCGCCUCCGGCUUGGGGGGAAGGAAUGUCGGCAUCAGAACAUUUGGAGCGGAGUCUGCUGGGUGGGUAGUUAUGCCGUUCUAAUACCUCGUAUUUUUGACUUUUUU